CUCCGCCUUCCAACCCUUUGUGUUGUGCUGCUGGCAAUCUUUUAUAUACCCCUGUCAAGACAACUAUAAAUACAAGUGAAACUAAAGUUGGGUCUCUAGUCGGUGGCUUGAGACCAUCUUCACACGUCAAGAUGAAGUUCGUAUUUGCGCUUAUCCUCGUAGUUUUUGUGACUGAUGUCAAGCCAUUGUUCGAAGAGGUGUCUGACAUUAUCUUCAAGAAAUAUGCAACAAUGAAGAUUUUGGAAGAUUGUUAUGGUAAACCAGCGAUAAACAAUAUGCUAAGUGAAGUUGCACUAGCAUUUGCGCGUUGUCGCGGGAAACCAUCAUUCUUGCCCAUUUUGGAGCAACUUGGAACUUUUAAUGCGGAACAAAUACCAGAAAUAGAGCCUGAAAUGGUGACGGAAAUUAUUUCUACUACCACUUCUCCUCCUCCUCCUCCUCCAACUUCUAACAGUCCAGUGAAAGAAGUGCCUCUUGUCGUCUUCCAAAAACCUGUAGCGCCUCAGGUGCCUCCGCAUAUGCUGCCCCAGAAUUUCUAUGAUCCCUAUCCUCGAUAUGAGCAAUACGGUAAUCGCCGUUACUGGUUACCAGGCUACUACCCGCCCGGUAAAUCUCAAUUUCAACAAAGAUUUCCUUAUGACGAAGAGAGUUACUAUUACAGUAUGCUAAGCAACCCAGAAGACUACCGUUGGAAACGUGCAGAGCACCGAACGAUGCCAGAAGACGAACAAGAGAAUCUACCGGCUGAGCAAGAGAAUCCACCAGCACCGGCUUUGAAUCUUCCUAAUGUCAGCAGCUUGUUUGCGAAACAACAGGCCAUCCUAGGCAAUAUGACCUGCGUCAUGAAAGAAAUUGGAUUUAUCGGAGAGGACAUGCAGCCACUUUACGACAACAUUCGGAAGCGCAUUGACGAUCUUCCAGUCACUGCCCAACUUAAAACCGAUCUCAUUGAGGGUAUUGAAACGUGCCAACAGUUUUCGAGCUGUAUGCCCGUCAAGACAUUCGGGGACAUCCCAAUUUUGAGGGACAUCGUUAAGCCGUACACUUUUUUUAAAUGCUUUAAAGGAAAAAAAAUAGAGGCCUGCAUGAAGAAAGAUAUGCGUGAAAAAUUCCUAUCGCUACUUUCAGGUGCGUCUUCCGGCCGUGCAAAGCAAUCGAGAGAAUAUGGUGCAUCGGAAAAAGAAGAAAGCAUCGAGAGCAUAUUUAAUAUGGUUUAUGGUUUUGACAUGAAUAAGUCUUCUGAUGAUAUUUUUUAAUUGUUUAAUGUUUAUUGAUAACUUACCAGUUGUUUGAGUGGUGUGCGUUUAAAAAGGGUCAUGUUUUCUUUAAAGAUACAGUUCAAUAUUUAAUUCGUAAAGUAUGGUUUAUUGUUGGUUUAUUUAAAUAAAUAUUUUUUUUUCUUGCA